AUGAAGAGAUGGGCGACGACGUAUGUGCGUCCAAGUCCAAGAGCUCGCCCAGCUCCUUCGCAGCUGUGGCGCUGCCAAGGAUCUGGCCAAUGCCCAACACGCCCAUGCUCGAUUGCUCGACAGCCCACUGCGCGGCAGCACCUAUCUCGGGAAUCUGGCGGUGGAAAUGUAUGGGAAGUGUGGAUCACUGGACGACGCGGUCAAGGCCUUUCGAUCGAUCCACGCGCCCAAUGCCUUUUCGUGGAACAUACUGAUGAGCGCGUUUGUGACCAACGGUAGAGUUGACGAGGCCAGGCGGGUGUUUGAGAAAAACCCAGUGAAGAAUCUUGUCAGCUGGAAUGUUGCUAUUGCAGCAAUUGCCGCGGGUGGAGAUCUGGAGGAGGCGCGGCGAUUGUUUGAUGCGAUGCCUUUCUACAGUCUCGUGUCAUGGACGACGAUGAUCACUGCGUAUGCGGAUUGCGGAAUGGUUGACGAAACGAAAACGUUGUUUCUUGCGCUGGAGCACAGAGACGUCAUCUGCUGGAACGUAAUGCUUUUGUGCUAUGCCCAGAACUGGCAUCUGGAGGAAGCCAUUGCGCUCUUUAAUGAGAUGCCAGAGCGAGAUGUUUCGUCGUAUACAACGAUGAUAUCAGUUUUGGCAUCAAGAAAUGAUUUAGAAAAUGCGAAGGAUCUGUUUGAUUCUAUGCCAUUACGAACUGUAGCCGCUUGGAACUCUAUGAUUGCGGCAAAUGCCGAGAAUUGGCAAAUGGAAAAGGUGGCCAUUGUUUUCUUUGAGAUGCCCGAGUGGGACUGCUUCUCGUGGAACAGCCUCCUGGGUGCGAUUGCAGACUUUGGGAGGAUUGACGAUGCAAUCGUGAUGUUUCAAAGAAUCCCUUUCAGAGACACAGUUUCAUGGAACUUGAUGAUCGCGGCAAUGGGUUCUCACGGCCAUAUCCGCGAGGCACAAGCUCUCUUCGCCAUGAUGCCGCAGAGAAACGCUGUCUCCUGGAGCACGAUGAUUGGAGCUUAUGCACAGCAGGGACUGGCCGUGGACGCAAAGAUCGUGUUUGAUUCCAUGGAGUCUCACAACACAGUCGCGUGGAACUCACUCCUUGCUGCCUACCUUGCGAGCGAUCGAGUGGGCGAUGCUAGAAAAGUGUUUGAUUCCAUGCCUGAUCGAGACGCAGUGUCAUGGACGUCGAUGAUCUCCGCCCAUGCCAUGCAGGGCCAGAUGCGCGAGGCGAGAGCACUCUUCGAUUCCAUGCCACGGUGGGAUGUGGCGGCGUGGAAUGCGAUCAUCUCUGGCUACGCAAGGAGCGGCGAUCUCGAUGAGGUGCAGCUCCUCUUUGGUCGGAUGACCCAUCACAACGCUGUGACGAUCAAUGCCAUGGUCGCAGCACUCGCGUUUGGUGGUAGGAUCGAGCAGGCCAAGCUCCUCUUUGAUCGAUUCGCAUCGCCCAACUCCGCAAUCUCCAUGCUCGAGGCCUACGCGCAGUCCGGGAGGAUCGAAGAAGCCAGGGUGCUGUUUGAUCGCUUGAGUCCGGAGAAUCGGGACUCUAGCGCGAUCAGAGCGAUCAUCGAUGCGUAUGCCCGGAUCGUGGAUGUUGCAGAGGCGUGGCGGAUCUUCUCCCAAAUCGCCCAUCCCGAUGCCACGAGCUACAACGCUAUGAUCGCAGCAUUGGCCUCGAAUGGGCAUUUGCGCGAGGCAAAGAUCCUCCUCUCCAGGGCGAGAGAGAGCAACGCAGUGUCCUGGAACACCCUCCUCACGAGCUACAUCCAAUUCGGCCAUCUUGGCACCGCGAUCGCGAUCUUCCGUGCCAUGCCGGAUCCAAAUCUAGUCUCGUGGACAGCAGCGAUCACUGGCCUCGCCCACAAUCCCGGAUCGCAUCGAUCGGCGCUGGAUCUCUUCUGCGAGCUCCAGCAGGAGGGCUGGAACCCCAGCGAGAUCUGCUACACGGCCGUGCUAGCGGCUUGCAGCUACCAAGGCUCGAUCGAGGAGAUCCAGUGCUGCUUUCGAUCCAUGCGCGAGGACUACGAUCUGACAGCAUCGCCGGAGCACUACUGCGCGGUGGUGGAUUGCUUGGGCCGAGCGGGGCAUCUGGAUCGCGCGCUGGAUCUUGUGGAGUGCUUGCCUUUCGCGCCCAAGUUUGUGGGUGCCUGGACGAGCUUGCUGGGCGCAUGUAGCCUCCAUGGUCGUGAUCCAGAGCUCGCGGCGAUAGCGGCAGAGAGGAUUCGAGCGCUCAAGCGCGAUAGCACGGCAUCAUACAUUCUUCUUUCAAACACAUAUCAUCAAUCAUUUGGUUGAAAAGGUGGUAGGGUUCGGGAAUUCGGCGAUGGAGAGCAAGAAGCGCAACGCGGAGGAGGAUGAGCAUCCGGCAUCCAAGAGGAGGCAAGUAAUGAUUCUGAUAGCGCAUGCAUGCAGGAGCCUGGUGAUGCGAUUUUUGAAGAAGAUGCUGCGCGUUUAUCUUCGCUGUGCCUGGAAUACACGGAAGAAGAAGAAAAUUUCUUUGUUUUGUGCUGGCUACUGAGCUGUGCAUCACUAUAGCGUAUGUGCGAUGCCUUUGAUGCUAGAAUUGUGUCCGCCUCUGACGCUGUAAUCGAUCGCGGCAACCGAUGUGGGAGUCGUACAACUGGGUGUUGACGGCCAUUGUAGGUGCGAAGAAGUUUUGCCCUUGAAUGCUCACAUGGAGCUUAAAGACUUAGGUACCUGUUGUCUACUUUUCUCCUCAAGGAAAAAUCACUUUCUGCUUCGCAGUGGAGUAUCCAAAGCGGUACGAGCUGAACAUAUGGUUCGGCGAAUACAAGACGUCGUUUAUUCGCACUGCAAUGUAAUCAGGAAGUCUGCUGGCUGCUGACUGGUGUUGACUAGCGCAGGCUUUGUUGACCAAGCUGCAGCAGCUUCUUCACUGCCAGGGACGACGAAUAUGAUCCGUCUCGCGCAAGGUCUCGUUGAAGGUCCUUACAACAAGUGCCAUGGCUCGCCUCUUCACCGUGUGCACAUGCACGAGUGGUUGCUUUUUCUGCAAAAGAUUUUUCAGGAUGGCGUUCAAGUUGAGGACCAUGAGAUGGUCAUUCCGACUCUGAAUGUGACUGUGACUUCACAUUCGAUACUUGUUCUGACAAGUUUGUUCUGAGCAGCUGAUCCUGGACGUGCUUGAGGGCAUACACAGAUCCCUGUUUUCUGUGACAUACUGUUUUCUGUCAGCCUUCUUCAGCUGUAUAGAGCUCUGUUUCAAA